AUAGGCAUUUUCUGAAGAUUGGAGGACCUGCUGAAGGGAACACCUGCUUUUGAGGUUGCAAAGGUGCUAAGCCAUGGCUGACUUGGACCACAACCUCAGCCUUGCGGAUGCUCUGACAGAGCCGCCUCCUGAGAUCGAGGAGGAGGUGAAACGGGACUUCAUUGCCACUCUGGAAGCAGAGAAGUUUGACGACGUGGUUGGAGAGACGGUGGAUAAAACAGACUACGUGCCUCUGCUGGACGAUGACGACGCCAAGGCUGGGAGCCAGGAACCAAAAAGCAAAUCCCACGCCGACAGCAUUCAGGUGGAACAUCCUUCAGCUGCUGGGCCAACUGUUGUGGAGAACGGCGACCACGGGAUGGAAGAUCACCGCCCAGUGUUCCCAGGAGAAAUCAUGGAUGAAAAGCUGUCCUAUAAGGAGUUCCUCGAUCGCAACGACACCUGGGCCAUGGACGACAGAGACCUGUGCUUCGAACCUCAGCCGGUGUUCAAGCCCAUGGAGAUGGCAGACCCCUUCAGCAUGCACCGAGGGGACAACCUGCCAGACCUGUCCUUUCCUCCUGACAUGAAGAACGUGCAGCUCUUCACGGACCGUGCUGACCCUUCCAGAGACAUCCAUGUGCCGCAUGGGUCAGUGAUGGUGCCCGACCAACCUUUCCUGGGGUCCCCCUAUUGUCCUGCAGAGGUCCUGGACCCGUCAGCCUUCAUGGGCCUCGAUUCAGCUGCAGAAUUUCUGCAAGACACAGCAGUGCCUGAAGAUCAUUGGAUGGGAGCUCAGCAUUACGCGAAGGGACCGGAUGCCUCUUUCUUUGCUGAGCCACCAGUGCCCCCCGCCGCCCCGGAAGCAGAAGUGCUGCCUGUGCCGGAGCACCCCGCGGCGACGGCUCCGUACUUUGUUCCUACGGCGUUAGCAGCAUCCCCAGAAGAGGCCGAGGCACCGGCAGCAGGUGCUGAGAGUGUUGUCGCCUCGGAUGCCACGUCCAUCUCUGCAGAGCAAGCCGGGCCCGUCCUUGCAGGGGACACGAAGCCUCCUCAUGCUGCGGAUGCUGGAUCUGCCCCUCCGGCAGAAACCGAGCCCCCCCAGGGCACAGAUGUGGGCUUUUCCCCUGCAGCAGAGGCCAAGCCUCCCACCGCUGCUGCCCCGUCCUCCCCAGCGCUGGAUGCUGGCUGGAGCCCGGUGGCAGAAGCUCAGCCCCGUGGCGCUGUGGAUUUGGAGUUUGCCCCGGCAGCGGACGCAGGGUUUGCCCCGGCAGCAGAUACACAUCCCCACCGUGCUGUGGAUCUGACGUUUGCCCCCGCAGCCGAUACUGAGUCUCAUCAUGCCGCAGAUUCGGAGUUUGCCUUUCCAGCGGAAGCGGACCAUCUUCACACUGCGGAUUCCGGCACUGCUCCGGCAGCGGACGCCAAGCCUUCUCCUGCUAUGGAUUCAGGUUUCCUCACUGCGCCAGAAGUGAAGUCUGUCUGUCCAGCUGACACCAAGGUCACUGCGCUGGAAGAGCUGGUGACAUCCGAGCUUUCUGCUGAGCAUGACAAGUCCCCCUCCCGUGAACCUCCUGCAGAAACAACUGCAAGCGUGGAACAAGAAGUGAAAGCCCCCGAGGGUGAUGCUGAUCUUUCAUUAGAGCAAGCGAAGGGCAGCGCGCCGGCUGCCAGCCACCACGCCGAGCACCUUCCAGCACCAGCAAACCAUCUCUCAGAGCCCACAGUUCCAGUAGAAACAAAAGCAGACUCUGCGCUGGAAAACAAAGAGUUCCCUUCAGAACAGUCUGUUACUGCUGCAGAUGUCCCCGCAACGGAGCAACAAAAGGAGGAGCCUGAGCGGAACCACAUCCAGCACGCGGAGCCCGCGCAAGGAGCACCCCUGCCAGAGCCUGCAGCAAAACCAGAGGAGCCCAAAGCAGCCGAAGCCGUGACAGGGAACGACAUCACAGCACCCCCCAACAAGGAGCUGCCCCCCAGCCCCGAGAAGAAGACGAAGCCUGCAGCAUCCACGCCGGCAGCAAAGCCCGCAGCAACGAAGGCCAGGCCCGCGGCCGCCACCAGCCCCAAGCGGCCGGCCUCCGCCACGCCUGGCCCCCACAAAAAGCCCAGCAGCCCCACGGCGGGCCCUGCUGCCACCACCACUCCCAAGCGCCCGGCCGGCAGCGCCACGCGGCCCUCCACCCUCACUCCAAAAGAGACUAAGCCAAAGGUCACAGAUGCAAAGAGCCCUGAGAAGAGGACCUCGCUCUCAAAGCCUCCAUCAUCUGCUGCUCCUCGAGCUGCUGCCAGGAGCACCGCUGCCGCUCCUCGGACAACGGCCACGUCCCCCGUGACUGCAGCUGCUGGGGCCAAGAGUACCACUGCCUCCCCCCCCAAGAGGCCCACAUCUAUCAAGACCGAUGCGAAGCCCGCGGAUGCCAAGAAGACGGCUGCCAAGUCUCCAUCAGCGGACCCGGCCCGCCCUAAGAGCGCUGCAGGAAGCGUGGUGAAGAGCAGUGCCACCACCCCCGCCGGCACCGCCGCCGUGCCCGGCGCAACCGCCGGCCGCCCCAAACCCAAACCUGCGGCGGCCAAAGCCACCGCCACCCCCAGCGCCGCCGCGGAUGCCAAGAAACCUCCGGCGAAGGCUGCGCCCAAACCCAGCGCUGCCUCCAAGCCGCCGCGCCCGACCAGCAGCGUCUCUGCUCCGGAUCUGAAAAACGUCCGUUCCAAAAUCGGAUCGACCGAUAACAUCAAGCAUCAGCCCGGGGGAGGAAAGGGGAAAGUAGAGAAAAAGCCAGAAUCAGCCGCUGCUGCCCGAAAGUCUGAACCCAAUGCGGUCUCUAAAAUGGCUCCAACUAAAACAACCGUAACAAAAGAGGGUGCCCCAAAACAGCCCAAUGGGAAAGUCCAGAUAGUCUCCAAAAAAGCGAACUACAGCCAUGUUCAAUCCAAGUGUGGUUCCAAGGACAAUAUUAAGCAUGUCCCUGGAGGUGGGAAUGUGCAGAUCCAGAACAAGAAAGUCGACCUUUCCAAAGUGUCCUCCAAGUGCGGCUCGAAGGCAAAUAUCAAGCAUAAGCCAGGGGGAGGAGACGUCAAAAUCGAGAACCAGAAGCUGAACUUCAAGGAGAAGGCCCAGGCCAAGGUGGGCUCUCUGGACAACGUGGGGCACUUGCCAGCAGGAGGAACAGUGAAGGCUGAGGGCAGCGCGGAGCCAGGGCAGCUCCCGCCAGCCCCUCAGAACGGAGAGGUGCGAGCGGCGCAGGCGGGCAGCGCCCUGCGGGAGAAUGGCGUAGGGCCGGCGGUGCCCACUGCCCUGGGCGGUGGUGACCAAAGGGAAAUUCAGAGCUUCGAGACUCAGAUCCAAGAAACAAGCAUCUAACGAUGACAUUCUGCUAUCGUCUCCCGUCCCCCCCUCUCGCCCU